CGAACUCCUUCUUCCCAAACCAUUUUUUUAUUCAUUUUUUCUGCAAAAGUCCAUUGUUAAUUCUAAACCAUACAAACACCAAAAUCCAAAACACCUUUUCCCGCUACACUUUUAUAUAUAUAUAUAUAUUUCAUUUCUCUAUUCUUCCAUAUUUUUUUUAUAUAACAAAAUCUGUUACAUUUCUAAUAGCCACAAACGAUUCCAUUUUCUCUCUCCUCCGAAUAGUAGAGAGAGAAAGAGAAGAGAAUCAACAAAAAUGUCUCUUCAUUCUCCGUUGGUUGAUGAAGAAACGAAACGGAACAACAAGGAAAAAGAUAGAAGAGAGUUGAUUCAGGAAGUGAAGAAACAGUUAUGGCUGUCAGGGCCGUUAAUUUCGGUUACGCUUUUGAAUUUUGGUAUCAAUCUUAUUUCUGUUAUGUUUGUUGGUCAUCUUGGUGAGUUGGCUCUUUCUGGUGCUUCCAUGGCUACUUCUUUUGCUUCUGUCACUGGUUUCAGUUUAUUGGUUGGAAUGGCAAGUGCAUUAGACACAUUAUGUGGACAAUCAUACGGUGCAAAGCAGUACCGCAUGUUAGGCGUACACAUGCAGAGAGCAAUGUUAAUUCUCAUGGUGGUCGCGAUUCCUCUUGCGGUUAUUUGGUCAAACACAAGAUCCAUUCUCAUUUUACUUGGCCAAGAUACUGAAAUAUCUACAGAAGCUGGAAACUAUGCUAAGUUAAUGGUUCCAUGUCUUUUUGCUUAUGGUCUUUUACAAUGCCUCAACAGAUUCUUACAGACACAAAAUAUUGUGUUUCCGAUGAUGUUUAGCUCUGCGAUUACGACAUUACUACACCUUCCUGUAUGUUGGUUUAUGGUAUACAAGUCUGGAUUGGGUAGCAGAGGGGCUGCCGUGGCAAACUCUAUAUCCUAUUGGAUCAAUGUUACCAUACUCGCACUCUAUGUCAAGUUUUCUCCUUCGUGUAAAAAUACUUGGCAUGGAUUUUCCAAGGAUGCACUUGCACUUAACAACAUCCCUAUUUUCUUGAAGCUUGCCAUUCCUUCAGCUGUCAUGGUUUGCUUGGAAAUGUGGUCAUUUGAACUAAUGGUUCUCCUUUCUGGUCUUCUUCCAAAUCCAAAGUUAGAAACAUCAGUGCUUUCUAUCUGUUUGAAUACAUCAGCAGCUAUUUGGAUGAUCCCAUUUGGUCUUAGUGGAGCAAUAAGCAUCCGUGUUUCAAAUGAACUCGGCGCUGGUAAUCCACGGGCCGCGCGUUUGGCAGUCUGCGUUGUUGUAGUGAUUGCCAUUAUUGAGAGCAUCGUAGUCGGAGCAGUGAUAAUACUGAUACGCAAUAUAUGGGGCUAUGCUUAUAGUAAUGAGGAAGAAGUUGUCACAUAUGUAGCAACUAUGUUGCCAAUUCUUGCUGUAUCCAACUUCCUAGAUGGACUGCAAUGUGUUCUUUCAGGCACUGCUAGAGGAUGUGGUUGGCAGAAAAUUGGUGCUUAUGUCAAUCUGGGAGCAUACUAUUUAGUUGGGAUUCCGGCGGCCAUUUUAUUAGCUUUUGUAUUGCAUGUUGGCGGGAAGGGUCUGUGGCUGGGGAUCACUUGUGCUCUCCUUGUUCAAGUAUUUGCUCUAAUGAUCAUUACAAUUCGCACGGAUUGGGAGAAUGAGGCAAAGAAGGCUACUGAUAGAGUCAAUGAUUCUAUAACAACAGACAGCUUAGUCUCAUGAAGAAUAUGAGCUGAUUGUGAAAGAGAUAUAUAUGAAUGUGAUCUAUGUUACUGAAACCAUGUAACACCAUGAUACACAGUCGGGUCCUAUGCAGUAGUUGUAGAGUUCUUGGAUCUGUGUGCAAGUGUGCUCAUUUGAAUCUUGCAUUCAGAUCCAAUGGCAAAAGUGUAUCGAUAGAAAUGCAUAAUAAUACUUUCAAUUUUGAAGUGAUAGGAUUCAAAUGUAAUUGUCCCGUGAGAAUAUAAGAUGAAUUCAAAAUUUUAAACGUAAUUAGUAUUGAAAUUUAAAUGUGAUUCAUUAGUUUC